AUGUGGAAGGUGUUGGAAACGCGGAAGGUGUUGGAAACGCUAUCGGAGAGGGCAGUGCGCAAGCAAGAAAGCUGUGAUGGAAAACUGCUGGAGUGGCCGGGCCGGCCGCACGACGUCUUCUCGGUCCAGGGGGAAGCGAGCAAGCGCUACCACCUGAUCCUGCCCGCCUUCUUCCGCCUCCUGGACACCCUGCACCGGGAGGGGAGGGCGUUCGCCGUCAUCUUCAGGACCUUCGGCACGGACCUGCCCCGCGCCCUCCAGGCCGUCAGCUGCGCCCUGGCCGGGCAGCACCCCCAGUUCCCCACCCUGCGGGAUGUGGUGCUCCCUGUGGACCUCACCCCUGGCCAGAUACGCUGCAGCAAGCGAGAGGUGGUGCUGACAAGGGGAGCAGAGCGGCUGGCCACCCGGGAAGAUGGAAGAAAGCUUUACGACUACUUCAGCUCCUUUGAGGGAAUUGGAGGCUUCCAAGACCACUUUGACUGGUGGGCCAGAAAUCAGUUCUCUUCCCAGGGUGGGAAGCCCCUGUGGGUCGACCCCCAUGAUCCCGGCAUUCACCACAUCUUCAUCGACGACAACAUCCGGCUGGACGAUGCGGACACCAUUGUUCAUCCCCAGGUGUUUUCGGAGCAGGGCAGCAGCAGCCCCAGGCGCGCUCCCACCUCGGAGCUGUACGACGUUUGCCUGGUGCAGACCGACCUGCUGGAGGCCAUUGCCGACGAGGACUAUUUCCUGCGCUGCGUGAGGAGGUGCGAGGAGAACUACGACCGCUACCUGGCCUGCGCGGAGGAGGACACCCCGAGCCAGCGGUGGGAUGGACAGUGAUGCCACCUCGCGGGGCCGAGGGGCUCUGGACUGGGACACCCCCUGCUUCCUGCUGCGCGCAGGCAAAGUCCCAGGCUGGGUUUCUGCUUCGAGCUGUCCCCUCUCCGAUGUGUGACGUGCCCGCUCGGUCCUGCCAGGAACCUCCAUGCCUGAGCACAAGCGUCCUGGGAGCUUGUGUGACGGGAUCCCUGGAGGAAACAGCUUUCCUUUCCUCGUUAGCGCUGUGAGGAGCUGCCUGCCUGGCUGGCGGGGCAGGGGCAACGCAAGCAGCCACGCUAGUGUUCACACCUCCCUUCCCACUCCCGCACCAGUGGCUGGUGCGGAGCAGGUGCCGGGGUAAGCGCAGUGUUACCGGCGGCAUGCCCAAGUGCCAUUUGUGCCACGGUGUUCUCCCCGGCAGAGCUAGCGAUGCCGCGUCACUUCUGCCUGUUU